GGGGAAUGCACCCAUUUAAUAAUUGAAUAUUAAAGGCCAGAGAACAUUCGAGAUGGGCAAUGUGGACUCUUUGCCAGUGAUUUCUCAAACUAAAUCUGCUGUCCAAGCUAUAGCUGGAGAUAAAGAAGGAGCCUGGGAAACACAAAUCAACUUCUUAGAAACAUUCCCAGUAGUUUCUCAGGGCACAUCUUUUUACCAUUGGUGGCAAGGGAACAAUGAAGAAGCAAAACGAACUCAGGUCAAGUUUGCUCAGGGCAUGAGUAACCUUGCAAAUGGAAUCCCAGCUGUUGGUCAUGUAAAGGGUACCAUUCACUAUGCUUUAGGCGAUAAGGAAGGCGGUGACACAGCUAUGAAAGCUGCUUCGAGAACGGUUGGCGUCAUUGGAGGAGGUUUUGUUGGUGAAUUAGCGGGUCCCGUGGGAGGCAUUGCUGGUGGUAUUGCAGGGGGUGCUGCUGUCGACGGAAUGACAACCGGAAUUGAAUCUGCUGUGCAUAACGAAUAUCGCCCGUCCGGCCAAGUGGCUGUUAUCACAAAUAUUAUUAAUGGUGAAGCAAACGUUGGAGACAUAUUCGACUCAACAGCGCAUGUUUUCUUUGAUGGUUGGUCUGGAUAUGGUGCAGGAAAAGCUGGUGCCAGGUUUCGCAAUCGAAACAAUAGUCAAUUGUACAGAGUGGCAAGUGAACAAGAAGUUCAAAACACAGUAAAAACGGGGAAGUUGCAUUUGAAAGGCCCACAUGGUGAAUACUGGGUGAGUGAGACCAUGGAACACACAGAACCAUAUUAUGAGAGUCGACCAUAUUCAGACAAGGCUGUGCUCAAAAUUGAAGUCCCCAAAGAGUAUAUAAAUGAGAUCAAAGCUCAAGCUGUUGAUCAGAGAGGCUACAAAACGAAUGUGCAAGCCUUGCCAGAUGGUAAAGUACCUAACAUGCUCAACACAGAGAGAAUUAGUCAGCCUGGAAAAGUGAACAUUGGAAUCAAAGGAGAGACAAAUCUGAAAGCGUUAAAUAAUCAGAUCACUUCAGUUGAGAGGGUCUAUCCUGGCAAGAAUCUAGCUAAAAUUCCGGCUAAGUUGGGGCAGUAUGGAGCUAGUGCUGGAGUUGGAAUUCAUGGUGAGCUUGAGGACAGCGAGCAAGAAGAUCAACUUGAAGACCUGUCAUCUACUGAGCACCUAAAGAUGAACUAAACAUGUGUUUCUGUAAACCAAGCAUACACAAUCACGUUCGCUUAUUUUAUAACUGAUCAUAGUCGUGCUCUCGUAUAAGCAAGAUUGUUCAGUCAAAUUAAUUAAUGUUCACAAUCUAACUUUAGAAACCGUUCAGCUGGAAUGUACAAUAAUGUGCUCCUAGCUGGUAAUACAUGUAACUGAGUUGAAAGUUUCUAUUUAUUUAUCCUACAGCGAUUCAGAGUCUAUAUAGCUAUUGCAUAUACAAACUAAAUUUGUGUGUAUUAUAUUAAAAUGCAUUAUAAUAUCAAUUUAUAAGACACAAGUUGUCAAAAAAUGA